GACGUGUUUCUUGUGAACAUUACAAUGACUUUGAAAGGCUGCUUGCAGCAGCAGCAACAAAACUUAGAAACUAAACACUUUACAUGUAGGAUCUUGAGUUAAACAGAUAACAUCAUCAAUCGUCAAUCUAGGGGAAAAAUUGUAAGCUACAUGACCACCAUACAUAAUGCCAUUACCUGACAACUUUCAUUCACAGAAAACAUUUAACAGUUUAGAACAAGUUGUACCAUACACUGCUUUGGAAGGAAUGAUGGAGGCAGAUUUACCAAAUGAAAAGGGUGCUGCAGAACACUCUCAUGACAAAAAUACAAUGGAAUGUGGUGAUGUCAAGACUGAGUUAAACAGCAAACAACAACCUACUUAUCACUCCUCUGAUUUAAUUAAAGAUGAUAAGGAUGUUUUACUGCUGGAAACAGAGAACCAACAAGAUUUGUCAGAAAGUUUACAUUCAAAAGAGUUUUCUUCAAAACUGGAUCAUGACAAGAACAACAAUGUUUGUCUAGAUGACUUUAGUUUAGAACUUGAUGAGAAUGCUAAUCAACAUGAUCCAAAACAGUUUCAAUACCCAAGUGGAUCAGGAAGUAAAAUACAAUCAUGGUGUCCAUCAUUCUCUGUACCAUCAGAUACUGGGGAUACUGACAUGGGAUAUUCUAGUCAUAGUGCAUGCAGUAGCUGUCAACAGGGCUCACAGACAGACAGUGGACAAAAUAUAAAUUUCACAGAUGUUGAGUAUGCUGAAGACUGUUUUGAUGGGGAUGAUGAAAUGGAAGAUUUACUGUUUCAUUUUGAUAGAUUCUUUAGGAAUAGAUAUGAAGAACUUUUAACUGAACAAGGGAUGCAUGUUAGACAGAUAAUAAAGAAAGCAGCAAAAUCAUGUGGUGAUAAAUGUUGUAUAACAGACACAGAUCCUAGUUCUGUUGAGGUGACAGAUAAAGCAACACAAACAGAUGUAGUUGAAAAAUUUAGUCUGCCACCAAUAAUUAUAGAUGAUUCCUCAUGUCAAGCAUUGGAUAGACUAGAAGACCAUAAGAAAAUACCUACAAAAUUACCUUUGGACCAGCCAGGAACAGCAUGUUUAACCAAGGAUAAACAGUUUCUAAAAAUACUGUCUCUGACAUGUGCAGUGUCAAAUCUGUUACACAGAAACGAAUAUAAGACGUAGAGUUUCAAUGAUAUAAAUUUACUAAUUUAAAGGUUAACUGUAUAACAGAUGUGACUAUACUUGUACUAAUGUAAAUAAAACUGCAGUUAUACGUGCUGUGCAUGCAUUGAGGAACAUUCA